UUUGUUGGCGGCGGCGGCGGCUGAGGCGGUUGAGGCGCGGCGGGGCCCGGGCCAGCGCCGGAGGUGGGGGGGGGCGGCGGCGGCGGCGGCGGCGGCGGGCGCCAGCCAGGCCGGCGGGGUGGGGUGGGGCCGCGGGAGCCGCCGCCGUUUCUUCACCGCCUCGCCAUGGACUCGGACGAGGGUUACAACUACGAGUUCGACGAGGACGAGGAGUGUAGCGAGGACAGCGGCGCGGAGGAGGACGAGGAGGACGAGGAGGAGGACGAGCCCGACGAUAACCUGGACCUGGGCGAGGUGGAGCUGGUGGAGCCCGGGCUGCGCGUUGGCGGAGAACGCGACGGGCUGUUAGGCGGUGAAACGGGAGGGCUGGGCCCCGGCGGUGGUGGCGGUGGAGGCGGCCUGGGCGGCGGGCCGGGCCCCGGAGGCGGUGGUGGCCCCGAGCAGGAGGAGGAUUAUCGCUACGAGGUGCUGACGGCCGAGCAGAUCCUGCAGCACAUGGUGGAGUGCAUCCGUGAGGUCAACGAGGUCAUCCAGAAUCCAGCGACUAUUACUCGAAUACUGCUUAGCCAUUUCAACUGGGAUAAAGAGAAGCUGAUGGAGAGGUACUUCGAUGGCAACUUGGAGAAGCUCUUUGCAGAGUGUCAUGUAAUUAAUCCAAGUAAAAAGUCUCGAACGCGCCAGAUGAACACGAGGUCGUCAGCCCAGGAUAUGCCUUGUCAGAUCUGCUAUCUGAACUACCCAAACUCGUACUUUACUGGCCUAGAGUGUGGACACAAGUUCUGUAUGCAGUGCUGGAGUGAAUAUUUAACUACCAAAAUAAUGGAGGAAGGCAUGGGACAGACCAUUUCAUGCCCUGCUCAUGGCUGUGAUAUCUUAGUCGAUGACAAUACAGUUAUGCGUCUGAUCACAGAUUCCAAGGUUAAAUUAAAGUACCAGCAUUUAAUAACCAAUAGUUUUGUAGAGUGUAAUCGACUGUUAAAAUGGUGUCCUGCCCCAGAUUGCCACCACGUUGUUAAAGUCCAAUAUCCUGAUGCUAAACCCGUUCGCUGCAAAUGUGGACGUCAGUUUUGCUUUAACUGCGGUGAAAACUGGCAUGAUCCUGUUAAAUGCAAGUGGUUAAAGAAAUGGAUUAAGAAGUGUGAUGAUGACAGUGAAACUUCCAAUUGGAUUGCAGCAAACACAAAGCAGGAAAAUGGGGCAGUCGCGUUUGGGGAGGGAUGUCUUCCUGCCUUCACAGCUCUCUGCUUCAGUGACUGCAAGUCAGAGCCCAAAUUCUGUGUUGAAUUUCUUCAUUUUGAAGAACCUAGAAGGGAAUCGGAUGAGCUUUUGAGAAGUGCUUUCUCGAGUCCUCCAAACGUGAUGCUGAGCUGCAGUCCUGUCCCAUGUGGUCUCCAUUCAGGGAAGAAAACUUCCUGUCUUGCCAAGAUGAAGGAAUGCCCGAAAUGCCACGUCACCAUCGAGAAGGACGGGGGCUGCAACCACAUGGUCUGUCGGAACCAGAACUGCAAAGCGGAGUUCUGCUGGGUGUGCCUGGGCCCCUGGGAGCCCCAUGGAUCUGCCUGGUACAACUGUAAUCGCUACAAUGAGGAUGAUGCAAAGGCAGCAAGGGAUGCGCAGGAGCGAUCCAGAGCAGCCCUGCAGAGGUACCUGUUCUACUGCAACCGCUACAUGAACCACAUGCAGAGCCUGCGCUUUGAGCACAAGCUCUACGCUCAGGUGAAGCAGAAAAUGGAGGAGAUGCAGCAGCACAACAUGUCGUGGAUCGAGGUGCAGUUCCUGAAGAAAGCAGUUGAUGUCCUCUGCCAGUGUCGUGCCACACUCAUGUACACUUACGUCUUUGCCUUCUACCUCAAAAAGAAUAAUCAGUCCAUUAUCUUUGAGAAUAACCAAGCAGACUUAGAGAAUGCUACAGAGGUGCUUUCUGGGUACCUUGAGCGAGAUAUAUCCCAAGAUUCGCUGCAAGAUAUAAAGCAGAAAGUACAGGAUAAGUACAGAUACUGCGAGAGUCGACGAAGAGUUUUGUUGCAGCACGUGCAUGAAGGCUACGAGAAGGAUCUGUGGGAGUACAUUGAGGACUGAGACUGGCCCCCCCGCAUAAAACGAACUCUGAAACCUUUACCAUCUAGAGUGCUCAUGCGAUUCAAAUAAAACACACACAAGGCGCUACGCCUGUUACACCGCUGGUCUGUAGUACCGGGAUUCUGUUUUGUUAACAGAAAAUUUAAGUAAAUUAUAUUGUAAUAAAGGAAAAAAAAAAA